GCGCCUCAGCGGAGACGCGUUUGGGAUUUAGCAGAGUUGCAGAAAAGGAGGAAUGACCCUGCGGGGGGAUCAGCCGCCGCUCCAGUGAGAAUGGGGUUCUUGCUUCUUGAAGGAGGUGGAAGGUGGAGGCUCCGGCACGUCAUCCUGUUGGUUUUACUCUGGAUGUUUCUGCACAGGACCGCUCCAGUUCUGGGCUGCAGCUCCAUAAAUUGUAAUGUGGUGCUGACUGAAGCCCGGGGGGAGAUCAAGUCACCCUGCUACCCCGAGAAAUACCCCAACACUCACACCUGUAAGUGGACCCUGCAGGCGCCAGCCGGCUUCAUCAUCCAGCUCUCGUUUUUGGACUUUGAACUGGAAGAGGCGCCAAACUGCAUGUACGACCGGGUCCUGGUGAACACGGGUAACGCAGAAUCAAAGUUUUGUGGUCUGACGGCCAGCGGUUUGACACUGAACUCCACAAGGAACGAGAUGGAGCUUUCCUUCAUCUCUGACUUCAGCAUACAGAAGAGGGGGUUCAUGGUUAGCUUCCAGCACGUUGCUGUGGCUCUGAGGAACCAGAAGGUGAAAAUCCCAAGUGCAGAGGUGGCAGAGGUCGCCAACUCUGUUUACAUCCCGUCACUCAAUGAACUGACCAUAUGUUUGGAAGUGGAAAGACUGGACGUUAUUCAGGAAGGAUGGCUCUUCACCUACUACGAUGUCAACAACAACGUGGCGUUAAGCUUUGGCUCCAGUCAGAGUGGCAUGAAAAUAUUCAUCGAUGGAGUAGACUGCAUAGUGGAGUCAGUUAUCCCAACCUCUUACAUCACCUCCUCCAUGAAGCCCUUCUGUGUCCUCUGGACGUCCUCAGAUGGCCGUGUGGCGACGUACUUCAAUGGGAUGUCCCAGGAGAUGACCUGCCAGCCCACUAUUGGCCGCACUGUACCGGUUGGAGGAGUCUUCAAGUUAGGAGGGGUACCGAGUUUCAAAGGGAACAUCUACAACCUGCGCCUGUGGAAUCGUACCUUGACUCAGCAGGACCUUGAAAGCUUGACCUGCACCACGGUGGGGAACGUCAUCGACUGGGACAACAGCCAGUGGGUCAUCGUGCCCUCGCUUCCUCAGACCGACAACACGCUUAGCUGCAUCUGCUUCCCUCAUUGCACUCACUUAACUGCUGCUGCGCCCACUAGUGGUUCCACCCCACUUACAGGCUGUGAAGCCGGUGGACCGAGCUGCUCAGCUGCUUCCUCCCCCACCACCUCAUCCACUGACUCCACUAACACCAGCCAUGCUAUUAAUGCCACCUUCCACGCUUCUGCCACCAUCAGCACCAGCGCUGCCCCGCCUCCAUCCACCGCUGCUUCCGCCAGCAGCACAACACAUGCUGAACAGACAAGCGGCGUCACAGCAGCUGUUUGGUCUGCUGGCACUAACCCUGCUGCUACUAACAGCUCAGAGCUCGUUUCUGCUGUUGGUUUGUCACCUGAAACUCUUCCAGGGACGACUCUUCAGCUGCCGCUUCUAACCACCAGCCACCUGUCCACUAACAAAGCUGAAACUGAUGGUUCUUCUCUGGAUAGUUUGUUCUACCGGGUUUCUUUCACGGUGAAUUCUGAGCUGAACCAGAAGGUGGAGGAAUGUGAGAAGCUGUUGAACUGGAGCCAUUCUGCAGCGGAAGUCAGACUCCAGCAGAAUGGAGGCUCAAACAGUUACACGUGUCUGGUGCUGCUGAUGACCAGUAAGAGUCUGGGCGAACAAGAAUUGUCGGCCCAGCUGUACAACAAUCUCGCCGCCAGCAGCUUUCAGGACCAAAUUGGAGACAUCAGCGUCAAAGUCAUAGAGAACUGCCCCAAGGACAACCACCUCAGCUACCUGUGGCCUGAGACCAGUCCCAGAGUCACGCAGUACCUUCCCUGCUUCCCCACCAAAGACCAGAGCAUCUCCAGAACCUGUUUAAUAAACCCGGAAACCUUUGCCUCCUACUGGUCGACUGCAAACCUGACUAACUGCACGGUUACUGCAGAUAAUGCAGCCGGUGUGGCGGAACAGCUGGCCGACCUCACCAAGAACAACCUGACCAGCGAGGAGGUUUCCCAGGUUGUGACGAAGGUGCAUGAGCUGGUGAGUGUGGCCAAGAUUAACACCACGGUGGCCGAGUCAGUCGUCAAUAUCAUUUCUAACGUCAUGGUCAGUUCAAAGGAGACACCGGGGAACACUUCUAACAUAGCUCUGAGGGCUAUGGAAGAGCUGGCUAAGAAGCUGGAAUUUGAUGGUCCAUCAGUCAACAUCACCUCCAAACAUCUGGCUUUAGGAAUACUGGCCCUCAAUGCCAGCUUGUUCAACGAGACUUCGUUUAGCACCGUCUUCCUUCCAAACUCCAACGACCCGAAGAUCGAGUUUGAUCGGACCACCAACCCGUUGGCUCAGGUCACGCUCCCCUCCUCCCUGCUGACCGGGGUCUCAUCAGGCGAUUUCGACAGGUCGUCUCUUUCCAGGAUCAACUUCAUGUUCUUCAGCAACCCCAACUUGUUCAUGACAGAGCAGAAGGGCUGGUCUCUGAACAGCUACGUGGUGGCCAGCAGCGUCGGGAACCUCUCCAUCCAAGGCCUGAAAGAUCCGGUCCGAAUCGAGAUCACCCAUCUCUUUGAUCAGGUCCCCUCAAAUAGGGAGUGUGUUUUCUGGGACUUCAGCAUGCACAUGGGAGACGGAGGCUGGAAUAAACAAGGCUGCGUUGUAUCCGAAGAGUCGAACACAAGCAGGACGGUCUGCCUCUGCAACCAUCUGACUCACUUUGGCAUCCUGAUGGACAUUUCCCAGAGUUCAAGUCGAAUGGAUCCAGAGAACAAGAGGGUCCUGACAUUCCUCUCCUACGUCGGCUGCGGCAUCUCAGCCAUCUGUUCUGCUGCCACGUUGCUCACCUACAUCGCAUUUGAGAAGCUGCGACGAGAUUAUCCAUCUAAGAUCCUGAUGAACCUCAGCACGUCGCUGCUGUGCCUCAACAUUGUCUUCCUGUUGGACGGGUGGCUUGCCACUAUGGUCAAAAACGAGGGGCUGUGCACGUCUGCGGCUGUCCUUUUGCACUACUUUCUGCUGACCUCCUUCACCUGGAUGGGCCUGGAGUCCGUUCACAUGUACAUCGCUCUGGUCAAGGUCUUCAACACCUACAUACGCCGAUACAUCCUCAAGUUCUGCAUCGUUGGAUGGGGUUUACCUGCAGUCCUGGUGGGAAUCGUUGUCACGGUGAAUAAAAACCAUUAUGGCAUCUUAAUGGACCGUGAAGAUGAAACCGCAAUAAUCUGUUGGAUCAAGAACAAGAGCGUCUUCUACACCACCUGUGUGGGUUACUUCUGCCUGAUGUUCCUGCUCAACGUGGCCAUGUUCAUCGUGGUGAUGAUGCAGAUCUGCGGCCGCAACGGCAAACGCAGCAACCGCACCCUGCGAGAGGAGGUCCUUCGAAAUCUGCGGAGCGUCGUCAGCCUCACCUUCCUGCUUGGGAUGACGUGGGGCUUUGCUCUGUUCGCCUGGGGACCCGUCUACCUGACCUUCACCUACCUGUUCACCAUCUUCAACUCUCUGCAAGGUCUCUUCAUAUUUAUCUUCCACUGCGCUCUGAAGGAAAAUGUGCAGAAGCAGUGGAGAAGAUACCUCUGCUGUGGCCCCUACAGGCUCUCAGAAAACUCAGACUGGAGUAAGACGGCCACCAACAACACAAAGAAGGUGAGCUCAGACAACCUGGCCAAGUCCCUGUCCUCCAGUUCCUUCGGCUCCAGCACCAUCAGCUGGACCUCUAAGGCGAAAGCCACGCUGACACCGUUCAACAAACGAAACAGGAACGCAGACAAACGUUCCUCAAACCAGUCCAGCCCGAAGUGCGUCUCCUCGUCCUCUUCCUCCUCAGAGGUGGAGCCAAACUCCUGCUCCUCCUCAUCCUCCAUCCUCCCUGUCAGCCAGAUGAUUGACAAGGUGAAAGAUUACUGCUCCACACGCACCGACAACUUCUACAAGAACAUCAUCAUGUCCGACAGUUUCACCAACUGCACUCGGCUCUAGAGCUGCAGCAUCACAACCGGGACGACCUUUUCUUGUCCCGUUGCAGCUUUUGUAAAUAUUACAGACGCUUUUUCAACCUUGGAUGUGCCUACAUCUGGAACGUCUUCAAGCUUUAAAGAUUUCCUUGUCACCGACACCCAAAAAGAGCUUUAAAAUCUUUGCAAAUCUUAACCAGUACAUCUUCUGGAACAGUUGUUUUUCCACCCUGGAGAUUGGCAUCAUCUAAUGCACCUAGAACCUUAAGGGAAAAGUUUUAUUUUAUUCUUUACUUCUGUGUUUGAUGUAUUUCUUUGUUAGUAUUAGUUGAUGUAGAAGAAGUUUAAAAUAAAUUUAGUUGAAUAAAAACCAGAUCAGUGGAAUUAAGAA